AUGUCGACGGUGUCCAAGGCGGUUCUGGCGGCCUCCGUCGCGGUCUCGGGCGCCGUCGUCGCGGGCGUCCACCUCCAGCAGAGCCGCGUGAGGGAGGUAGGCCUCUCCCUCCCCCCCCUGCCAGGCGGGAGCAUCGGGGGAGGGGCGGAUUCGGCGGCAGAAAGAGCCCUUGACUUUCCGGGGCUGCGUUAUUAUUAGGGCGAAUGCAUGCGACCCUUUUGCCGAGUAGGGACUGAACGGUGCGCGUGUAAACCAACGGGCAAGAUGGCUGUGGGCGGGGCACAGGCAGCGGGCACGCCCCCUCUCCCAAAUUUACACGGGUUCAGUGCUUUCCCCCCCUAAAAAAAAUAUGUUUAGGGGUACUCUCGUUUUGACUCCAGAAAAUCACCAUUGUACAGUUCAAGUCGGGGGAAAUCAAUACAGUAAAUGGACAAAAGUACAAAGAACAUGCAACAUUACCUCAUACAGUGGUACCUCGGGUUGCAUACGCUUCAGGUUACAGACUCCGCUAACCCAGAAAUAGUACCUCGGGUUAAGAACUUUGCUUCAGGAUGAGAACAGAAAUCGUGCUCCAGCGGCGCGGCAGCAGCAGGAGGCCCCAUUAGCUAAAGUGGUGCUUCAGGUUAAGAACAGUUUCAGGUUAAGAACGGACCUCCGGAACGAAUUAAGUUCUUAACCCGAGGUACCACUGUAUCAUUCUUUCUUUUUGUCUUUUGUACCUAUCACUGGAGAAUACAGUGGUGCCUCGGGUUACAUACGCUUCAGGUUACAGACUCUGCUAACCCAGAAAUAGUACCUCGGUUUAAGAAUUUUGCCCCAGGAUGAGAACAGAAAUCGCAUGGUGGCAAUGAGAGGCCCCAUUAGCUAAAGUGGUGCUUCAGGUUAAGAACAGUUUCAGGUUAAGAACGGACCUCCGAAAUGAAUUAAGUUCUUAACCCGAGGUACCACUGUAUUACACAGCUGACAGCUCACAGUAAUUUUCCUACUCAUAUUGAAAUGCUGCCCCUCAAUGAGGCCAAACUUCCAUCAGUAAAACUCCACACAUCCACAUUCUACACUGCUUCACACAUUAAACACUUGCUUCCGUUUGAGACUCAGGAAAUGAGGCCGCCAUUGGGGGUAGCAACAGAUUCACCGCUCUAGAGAAGAAAUUAAAAAUUUGAUUUUUAUAGUUUCUUCUCCCGUUAGAGUGACAAAAUGUUUAGGGGUAUGCUUACCCCUGCGUCUCCCCAGAAAAAAAAGCACUGCACAGGUUCAGUAUAUACACACACAUCACAACGAACCCCGAAACAUUGUAAAGAUGUCACUGGAAAAUCUCUCAAAGGGUGGGACAGGGUGUCUGCGGUCUUUUCCAGUGAGUUUUCAAUCGUAUGCAAUUUCAGCAAUGUGUGUGGUGCCUCGGAAACCAUGCUGUUUUCCCUAGAAAAAGAGGUGCCAGAACUCACCAUGAACACCUCCCUCCUUCUCUUAGUAUGGCAGUGGCACCCACUUGACAAAAAGCCCUGCUCCAAAUGUAACAUCCACACAAAUGGGAGGAGGAGGGGGGCUGCCUGGACUGCCAAGUAGUCAUGAGAAUAUUCCCUGGAUUUCUGUCCAAAAGCCUGGAGGGAUAGAAGUAGGAAAUUCUCCUAUAUAGCCAGAUGUUUUUUACACACACACACACAUACACUUGCUAUGAAGCCAUUUCAUAUGUUUCUUUUCAAAAAGGUGUAUAGGAGCUGGAGAGAAAAGGAAGCAAAAAUGAACAGAGGUAUUUGACACUUUGCAUAGGAGGAGAAAUUGCAUCUGCUGUUGCUGCCCUUUCCCCCAAUUCAACCAUUCCUUCUUCCAUGUUAUCUUUGCACUUUGUAACAUAAAUUUCCCCCAGCAUUUUAUGCCCCAGUGUUUCAUAUAGCCACAGAAGGCCUCUGAUUAUUGGUUUGUGAUAUAGCGAUCUUCAGGUAAUGACCCUUUAUGAUUUGCAGAUGGCUUAGUCCUGUAUUGGAAUGAGGAUGUAUACUUCCUACAGUUAGCAAAACCUUUGAUGUUACUUUUGCAACAGUAUGAUUGCUUUGUAAGAUUCACAGUUGGCCUUAAUUUCCUAUAGCAGUACCUUUACACUUUCUCAAGUUUUUGAACAGUAGAUUAUUAAGAGAUAUAUACCAUAAUAUGAAGAGAUUUCUCUUUCAGAGGCUACGUGAAGGAGUGCUGAGAGACUUUGAGAGGCAGCAUCGUAAGCAAGAAAAUCUUCGCCUUUUGGAGCAACAGAUUGCUUUGACUGAGCAACUUGAAAUGGAAAGAAGCAAAAUGCUCAUGGGAAAAGAAUCCUCACAGUAA